AAAACAAAUAAUUGGACGUAGUUUAUAAAAUAAAGUUCGAAUGAUCAAUAAUAUUCUUAGCAUGUUGUGUUUUAAAUACGAUGUGUUUAACCUAUAAGAAAUAACUGGUGAAUUUACGAAAUGAUAUAAAUACUGAUACGAAAGUAAUAUAAAGUGAUAUAAAGAGUUGUUAUACAGUUUGAAAUUAUUUUGAAUAAAGUUUUAUAAAUUACAAAAGCAAAAUGAAACUCUUAACACACAAUAUGUUAACAUCCAAAUGUUUAAAAGGUGUCCUGGUAGGAUAUCCUUUAAAAAUUGAGGUACAAGAUUUAAGAAUAUGCGAAGUGAAUUGUAAUCUUGACUUUUUAAUCAGAGUCAUUCCUAGAAUUGAUUAUCCAGUUUUGUACACGGCCAUGGAAACUUUGGGCUACGCUAAUGACCUACCAUCCGAAAAACCAGAAGAUUAUCAAACAAAUGAAGAGUUUCUAAAAAAACUGCAUCAUGCUCUUUUUGAAAUUGAAAUUAUUAACGGUAACUUAUUGUGUCCCGAAACAGGAAGGAAAUUUCCAAUUAACGAUGGUAUUCCCAAUAUGCUUCUCAACGAAGAUGAAACAUAGAUAGUUAUUUAUAACUUAAUUAAGAAUAUAUAUAGAUAUAGAUAUAUAAAAUGUAUAAUACAAU